GAUAUCGAUGGAUAUGGUACGUUGCUUCCACGAGUAAACUCGAAACAGUAAAAACUUGAGUAAACACACUUUUGAGUCUGGACUCCGCAUCAGUGAUAAAAUGAGAAUGGAGGGAAGUGAAGAGGAUGGGUCAGACUCCUUAGGCAUUACUUCUUCUGCUACAAUGGAGGACGACUCGGAAUUGGAACUGGAAGUGGAGAAGCAAUGGAGGCUGUACGAGGCUUACAACGAGCUACACAGUCUAGCUCAAGAGUUCGAGACCCCAUUCGAGGCCCCCGCGGUGUUGGUGGUGGGUCAUCAGACGGACGGGAAGAGCGCACUGGUGGAAGCCCUCAUGGGUUUCCAGUUCAACCAUGUCGGCGGCGGCACCAAGACCAGGCGCCCCAUUACUCUCCACAUGAAGUAUAACCCUCUUUGCAGCCUCCCUCUCUGCCGCCUUGUCUCUGAUUCCGACUCCACGUUUGCUGAUGAAAAGUCUCUUCAACAAAUUCAGGCCUACAUUGAAGCUGAAAAUAUGAGGUUGGAACGUGACCCUUGUCAAUUCUCAACUAAGGAAAUAAUCAUUAAAGUGGAAUAUAAGCAUUGUCCAAACCUUACCAUUAUAGACACUCCUGGACUAAUUGCUCCUGCUCCAGGUCGAAAGAAUCGAGCGCUACAGAGUCAAGCUCGUGCAGUGGAAUCCCUUGUGCGAGCGAAAAUGCAGCACAAAGAGUUCAUUAUAUUAUGUCUUGAAGAUUGUUGUGACUGGAGCAAUGCAACUACACGUAGGGUUGUUAUGCAAAUUGAUCCUGAGCUUUCAAGGACAGUAAUUGUCUCGACCAAGCUUGAUACGAAAAUACCCCAAUUCGCACGUUCUUCAGAUGUGGAAGUCUUCCUUUCACCACCUGCAUGUACACUUGAUGGCUUCAUAUUGGGUGAUUCUCCCUUCUUCACAUCUGUGCCUUCAGGAAGAGUUGGUUCUGAACAUGAUUCAGUUUACAGAACAAAUGAUGAGUUUAAACAGGCAAUAUCCUUGAGAGAGGUGGAAGAUGUUACAUCUUUGCAGGAGAAGUUGGGCCGGACACUGUCAAAGGCAGAAAUAAGUAGAAUAGGUGUAAGCAAACUCAGAUUAUUCUUGGAAGAAUUGCUGUGGAAAAGGUAUAUGGAUAGCGUUCCACUGAUCAUUCCACUUCUAGAAAAGGAGUACAACAACACAACAAGAAAGCUGAAUGAAAUUAAUCGGGAACUCAGCACCCUGGAUGAAGUAAAAUUAAAGGAGAAAGGACGAGCAUUUCAUGAUCUAUUCUUGACCAAGUUGUCGUUGCUAUUGAAAGGGACAGUUGUUGCUCCUCCAGAUAAAUUUGGUGAAACACUACAAGACGAGAGAAUUAAUGGAGGGGCAUUUGUUGCUUCUGAUGGUGUUCAUUUUCCUCACAAGCUAAUACCUAAUGCAGGAAUGCGUCUAUACGGGGGUGCACAAUAUCACCGUGCCAUGGCUGAAUUUCGUUUUGUAGUUGGGGGCAUUAAAUGCCCUCCAAUUACGCGGGAAGAAAUUGUAAAUGCUUGUGGUGUAGAAGAUAUUCAUGAUGGAACAAACUACUCAAGGACUGCUUGUGUAAUAGCUGUUGCAAAGGCUAGGGACACAUUUGAACCUUUUCUUCAUCAGUUGGGUGGUAGACUGCUGCACAUUCUGAAGAGAUUGCUUCCUAUCUCUGUUUAUCUUCUUCAAAAAGAUGGCGAGUAUUUAAGUGGCCAUGAAGUGUUUCUCAGACGUGUUGCUACUGCCUUUAACAACUUUGCUGAAUCCACUGAAAGAGCUUGCCAUGAAAAAUGUAUGGAGGAUUUAAUAAGCACCACCCGUUACGUCACUUGGUCCCUCCACAAUAAGAAUCGGGCUGGGUUACGUCAAUUUUUAGACUCAUUUGGAGGAACAGAACAGUCCAACACAGGUGGUAAUCCUUUGUUUGCUGGUCUCUCCCCUGAUUCAUCAUUGGGAUCCGUUGCCUAUGAGAAGCAGGACUCUAAACCAAGGGCAGAUGUAAAGCUCAGUCAUCUGGCCUUGGGUACUGACUCAAGCUCUUCUAUCCAGACAUCAGAAACAAAGUUGGCUGAUCUUCUAGAUAGUACGCUUUGGAAUCGGAGGCUUGCUCCAUCAUCUGAAAGGAUUGUUUAUGCUUUGGUACAACAGAUAUUUCAUGGCAUAAGAGAAUAUUUCUUGGCAUCUGCAGAGUUAAAGUUCAACUGCUUCCUUUUAAUGCCGGUUGUUGACAAGUUGCCUGCACUCCUCCGAGAGGACUUGGAAUCUGCUUUUGAAGACGACUUGGAUAAUAUUUUCGACAUCACUAACUUACAACACUCGUUAGGCCUGCAGAAGCGAGAUACAGAGAUUGAGCUGAAAAGGAUUAAGAGGCUUAAAGAGAAAUUCAGACAAAUACACGAGCAGAUUAGUUCACACGAAGUCAUGACAAAGCCAUCCGUGGAUUCAACGAAGUGAACCUGAUCCAAAAUACUGCUGAAUGCAUCAGAUGUGUGAGAUGACAUUAUUCAUUUGUUAGUUUACUGUUGACGCUUCUCCAUUAUAUAAUUCUGAAAGAAGAAUGAUCCGGUAGUCAUUACAAGAAUUUUUUAUAAGCUUACUAUAUAUGAAAUAUCUUUAGUUUGCUUCUUAUUA